UCAGUGUCCACGCACAUCGCAAACGCCCAUCAGUAUCGACUGCCGUGAUCAGAAUCUCGCGCGCCGUGUAAUACCGCGUCAAGCAGAUCGCGUUUGAAACCAGCGGCUCGUACUUUCACAACCGCCACCAUGCCUGCCAUCCGCACGGCCAAGAACCGAAAGCCGCCGCCAGAUGGCUUCGAAGAUAUCGAAGAUACUCUGCUCGAGUUCCAGAACAAGAUGAAAGAUGCCGAGAAUGCCAGUCAUGAGGGCAAGAAGAAGCACGAAAUGACUUGGCCGGUCUUCCAAAUCACUCAUCAGCGCUCGAGGUACAUCUACGAUUUGUACUACGACAAAGAAGCCAUCGACAAGAAGUUGUACGAUUGGCUGCUCAAGAAUGGCUACGCAGACGCCAACCUCAUUGCCAAGUGGAAGAAGCAGGGCUAUGAGAAGCUUUGCUGUCUGAGGUGCAUCCAGACUAAGGAGACCAACUUCAACAGCACAUGCAUCUGCCGCGUGCCAAGAGAGCAGCUGAAAGAGGACCAGGAGAUUCAGUGCGUCAGCUGUGGAUGCAGAGGCUGCUCUAGCAGUGAUUAGGCGAUGGUAUGAACUGCGGAGUUAUGGCGAGUAUGAAGGUUGGGAUGAAAUGUGGCGUCCGGAGUCGGUUUGACAAAGGAAAGAAGCAAAAGCAGUGGCAUAUUUGGCCGUGCAGUAUCGUAAAUGAUGACAGAAAUGCCAAGCUUCCAUGACACUGCC